AUGGCAGCUUGUAUUCACCACAGCUCCACAACUGAAGCUAAUCAGCCUAGUCAAUGCCAAUCCGGAACCCUUUUAUGCAGGUGUGUAAUUUCAUGCAGACCCAUUUUCUUAAAUCUUGUUUUCUGCAAUCCAGUUUACCAGGUUACCACCAAAAACCCUGAAAAUUUUGAAGAAGAAGAUGAUCAUCUAUGGUUCAGAAUCAGACAUGAAGCUUUGUCUGAUAUAGAACAAGAACCACUCUUAUCUAAUUACUACCAUUCUUUGAUACUCUCACAUAAUUCACUUGAAACCGCCUUGUCAAACCUCCUAGCAAUGAAGCUAAGCAAUUCAAAUAUGUCCACUGAAAAACUCUUUGAAAUCUUCUCCACUCUAAUCCGAGAUGAUCUCAAGAUCAAGAAAGCAAUCAGAUGUGAUCUCGAAGGUGCAAGACAGCGUGACCCGGCUUGCACCAGCUACAUCCAUUGUUUCCUGAAUUUCAAAGGGUUCCAAGCAAUUCAGGCGCAUAAGGUAGCCCAUAAGUUAUGGUCGAAAGGUGGGUCAACCAUGGCGAGAGUCAUACAGGGACGGGUUUUAGAGGUUUUUGGGGUGGACAUUCAUCCGGGAGCAAAGAUUGGACAGGGAGUUUUACUCGAUCAUGCAACAGGAGUUGUGAUUGGCGAGACUGCAGUGAUCGAAGAUAAUGUCACAAUUAUGCAUAAUGUGACAUUGGGAAGUAGAGGGAGUGUUGAUUUUGGGGAGAGGCAUCCAAAGAUUGGGAAUUGGGUGAUUUUAGGGGCAGGAGCAAAAGUUUUAGGGAACAUUAGAGUGGGAGAAAAGGCUAAAAUUGGUGCAGGGUCAGUUGUUCUAAAAGAGGUACCCCCUAAUAGUACUGCAGUAGGGAACCCUGCAAGAAUAAUUAGUGGCAAGGAUAAAGUAAGCCAAUGA